ACAUCACUGUAGCUGUGACGACGAUGAAUUAUGAAAUAUACUGGUUCUUAAAUAUCGCUUUUUUAUUCUUAACAUUUUUGAUGUCUUUAUAUUCCGUUUUCCAAUUCAUUUUAUUAUAACGCAAUUUCAAUUUCAUUUUCAAUAUUACUAUAUCUAUUGCAGGUGUUAACUUGAACUUAAAACAAAACGAAAGUUACAUGUGAGAAAGGGAUAAUGCUUCGCUUCAGACCAAAAUAGGAACAUAGAUCUUGGCAAUCUCGAGUGACUAUAAAAACCUGCAUCUUCUCGUAACAAAAACGAUAAAUGAGCUAAAGAAAUAGCUUUUUUUAAUUUUCUCAGUUUCAUCAAAGUAUUCUUCACAAUUGAAGUAUUUGUAAUUAUAGAGAUAUCACAUGAAUCAGCUGCUCGUCACAUCGGAUGUUUAUUAUUGUUUCAUGUAAAAGGGCACAGAAUGAAUGCAAAACGAAACUGUAACACAGUGGGUGACUGGAUGUCUUCAAAUAUAACUCAAGUUAUGACAUUAUCUCAUACUUCCUCCUCUAAUGGAUUGAAUGGCCUUCGCAGCGUGCUUUCAAGAUAAGAAGCCGGACUGGAAUCUUGAUUUGGACUGACAACUGACAUUCUUCCUCUGAUAGUGCUUAGCUUCUCAACCGCAAAGUAAGCACGUCGUUCAAUCUUUAAACUCUUCAACAAGUCUUCAUUGUACAGUCCUACCUUCCGACUCUCUAGGGACUGGGGGUAUUUGCAAUUGUCAAAUCAAAUUAACAAUAUGAAUCUUUGCUGAAUGUUGAAAGCCCACAGAAUAUUGAAAUUACUAUUCGAGAAAAAUACCACUGUACAUUGGUUUAAAUAUCAUGGGCAUUGAAUGUGCAAUGAAAUUUGGAAGAAAGCCUUGAAUUUUGUGUGAAGUAAUUUAUAAGUCAGCAACUGAUAGCUCGUGUUGUUGUAAUGGCUGGGAAUGCAUCUUAUUUACCGUGUCUGUACUCUCUGUAUCAUAUCGAGAAGCCCAAUCCAACGAUCUACAUCACUACCGUUACAACAUGCUUCUUGACUUUCGUUUUAUCAAUGUGUGGUGCUGUGGCAAAUGGACUUGUUUGCCUGGCUAUUCUACUCAACAAAGACCUUCAAAUCUACUCCAAUCUUUUACUGCUGUUUUUAUCAUUUAAUGACUUCAUUGUGGCUUGUUUUGCUGAACCGUUAUACAUUACACGUCGACUGCUUGAGUCACAAAACCAGUACUUAUGUUGGCUGUCUUUAACUUAUCGUGCACUUUGGAAUAUAUCUGUAGGACUAUCGUUUCAAGCAAUUGCUGUCAUAUCGGCUGAACGAUAUUUUGCGUUGUUUCAUCCCUUCAAGUAUAAAGAACAUGUAACAGUGAACAGGUUGAUAACGACAGUCCUUCUAUUGGCCGGUAUAUGGGUGGUGUUCGUAUUGUCGAGGUUUGCUGGACUACCAACCAACUACUUUUAUGCUAUAACUUCACCUAUGAUACUGAUAUGUAUCAUAAUGAUCGCUGUCGUCCAUGUCAAGAUCUUCAAACUAGCCAGGUGGCACCAUAGGCAGAUAAGUUUAAAUACGUGCUCGCCUCAAAAUGAAGUUUGUCACACAAGGAAAUGGAUGAGAUACACGGCUCGUGAAGCUAAGAUAGCAAAAUCCACUGCCUUUGUUGUCGGUGCGGUCUUCCUGUGUUACUUGCCGUUAAUUGUCAUUGUCAUUACAAACAUCAUUCUAACUCAUCAAGAUGUAUUAUUUCAUUACUAUAUUCUUCCGUGGACCGACUUUCUUGUGUUUUUGAAUUCACUGCUAAAUCCCGUGAUUUAUUGCUGGCGAAGCCGGGAACUCAGAUCUUCUAUAGUCAGGUUAUGUAAACGAGAAACAAGGGUAACGGACCAACAAAACUCCGUGACCGUAAACAACAACAACAUCAACAACAACUCUAUGAACAAAUCAUAACAAUGAGACCUCUAUAAUGAUUGAUACUUCAAUUCUAUAACAUAUCAAACAAUUGCUUCGGAGAAAAAUUCGUUUUCCAAACUUUUGCUGACCAUAUAUGGUAAC